AUGUAAAACAAUUCACCCGUAAAAGGACGAAGAAUUUCAAAUCAAAUCAAGUUGAGUGGGAAAUUGAUGAAAAAGAAAAUGGCUUCUGAAGUGGACAUUAUUGGUCCAUCGGAUUAGGAUACAAGUGCCGUUGAUCCAAUUCAAAUAGUGUAGUUUGACAACUUGAAAUCCCACAUUAAGUAAUCUUAAAGUGAACUCAAAGUUGGCAAGAGCACUGAUAAGAUAAAGAAAAAGAAAUCUUUAGAUCGCACUGCGGCCAUAAAAAAGAGUCAAUAAUUGUAUUAAAAGAAGAAGAAAUCCUCUAAGAUUAAAAAGAGCGUGAGUGCUGAAAGGGUUCAAAGUUAAACCGUUGAGUUUUCAUCUCCAGAAUAUGUUCGUCGUAAAAAGGCAGCCACAUUCUUCAAUGAUAAACCAAGCUCAAUUUAAGAACAUCGUGAUAGGCUUGGUUUGAGCUUUCUGAAUAAAAUUGGAACCAGGAGAAUCGACCAAAUUCUUGAGCGCAAUCGUAUGUCAUCCAUUGAACACUCACAUCACCAGCCACUCACACCCGAAAGACACCAAUAUCCACAACAAUUGAAACACUAUAUGAAAGAAAAGAAAAAGUUUUACUCCUAACUUGAAUCUGUCAAAUAAUAAUCCUUUGCUGAAAAACGUAAGCACAUUGAUGAGAAUCUGCGAUCUCUGGCUGAAAUCGCAAAACGCAAUUCCUUAUCCAAUAGUAGAUCCCCUCCGAGAGAUACCUCCAACAAAGCAAGUGCAAAACCCUUGAUGUUGAGUUAUGUAGCAAAUCGUAAGAGCACAUCUAGAAAAUCUGGAGGGCCAAAGUCAUUAAAAGAAUAAUUCAAGCAAUUAGAGGCUCGUUAUAAAACUUUGAAAAGUAAUAGUGAUGGUAUUUCAAUGAGAGAAUCUAGGAAUUAUGAAUAGGAAAUGAAGGAUCAGGCUGCAAUCUGUAUUUAGAGAUGGUUUAGAGGACACAAGAUUCGAAAGAUAUCAAAACAGAAAAAAGAUAAAAAAAAUGUUAAAUUAUAACAAUUGUAGAAACUCAAAAAUUAAGAAAUUACUAGAUGGAGUAAUCUUAGGGAAUUCUUGGAAAAAUUGUAAGUCAAAUAAGACAUGAUUGUUUUAUCUGAUUUGAUUGACAGUUUGAUAAAACAUGCUGAAUACAAUAAAUUAAAUGCGUUUACAGAAAACUUUGAAAUACCCUAGAUAAAAUUAAAGCCUUCUAAAUUGAUUGUGGAGAGGAGGGAUGUUUUUCCUACAUAAAUUGGAUAGAUCUUAUAACUUAGAGGAUAAUUGAUUAAGGAAAGAGAAUAAAGAGAAAAAAAUAUACUGAAGGAUUUGUUGAUUAAAGAGAGGAUAUCACCUCGUUCAUUCGGAGUAAAAGAGUAAGAGAUUGUGAAGUGGGGCGAAAAGGAACUUGAAUUAUUGGAACACAAUAAAUAAGCGAUAAAGGAAGGGUGGUAGAAAGCCUAUGAUACCAUUCAGAAAACGUAGAAGGAUCUGAAAUUUGUGCAAAAGUUAGGUGUGGAUAAUUUCAAUAAAAUGAUGCCUCUAAGUUUAAGUCAAAGCAAUCUAUUGAAAAAUUAACUUAAUGAUUUGAAGAUCAAUCUUUUGAGAGUGAGUUCUUCCGAAGAGAACUUGCUUGAACCACAAAAGAAAGUGCAUUAGUAAGAGUAGGAAUAACAAUUAGUGUCCUACAAUUCGAAUCAAUCAAACAAGACUCUUUCUUCAUACAUUCAAGGAUUAGAAGUAAUAAUUUAUUUAAGUAAGGGAUGUUCCAUUGGAAAUGGAAGAACUCAUGUUGGAUAUAUUCGCUAAUAUUUGGAAGACAUUAAAUUAAUAGUUAGAAAUCACUAUCAGGAUCAGUUUUUGCAAAUUGUAAAUUUGGGUAUUGGUCCUUCUCCUUUCGAAAUCUUGAGGUUUUUUCGGUUGACUGAAGAAAUGAUUGAAUAAUCAAUAGAUGGGGGUUUCAUUCAUUAGGCAGUUUUGGGAUUAGAGAUAUUUACACAAAAAGAGAGGAUAAGUUAGGAAGAGGUUUGUAACAAUGAGAUGGAGAGAAUUCACAAUAAAGCCAUUUUUGAUGCUUACAAUGAAUCAUUGGAUUACUUUAGACCUUUUGGAAUCAAAGGAAAGCCAUUGCCUUGGAGAAGGAAUGUGAUUUCCAGGCAAGUUAAAGAUUUGGAUGAGACCUUGAAUCACUCUGCAUCCAAAGUAGUGCAAUGGGCUGAGACUCUCUGUGGGAUACUAUUGCCACAAGGAAGUUAGAUAGACAAUGAUAUCUUGCCUUAGGUGAGAGAAGAGAGACUAGACAAAUUGUUAAAGCAGGAAGAUUAGGUACUUGAAAAUGAUGAUAGAUGGCAAGAAUUUGAUGAAGAACAUACAGAGGUGACAUUAGAGCUGAGUGAAUUAGUUUUUAAUCAUCUCAUAACAGAGGUGAUGUAGGAAUUAAGAAAUUGA